UCUCACCUCGGUGCACACCGCGGCAGCUGACAAGUGUGAGGCGUGGAAACCCAAAAUGGACACCUUGGCAACUCUGUACACGCUUCUGUCACUCUUACUUUUUGUUCACGCGGACCUUGUGGAACAAUUUGAGGAUGUGCCUGAAUGCUUGAAGUAUUUCUACAAAAGUAAAGUGCCGAGUUGGGGGUCUUCAACACCUGGCGCCGCUCGUCUCUGUCAGCGGUUUGUCAACCGGUACCACUUUGCCACAUUAUACGACACAAACCAUCGUAUCGCGGUUUACUCGGCAUACGUGUUCCAGCCCAGCAAUGGAGGUGGACGGGAGAGAAGGUGGUUUGUAGAGCCUCAGCUAGUCAAUAAAUCGUGGCAAGCAGAGAUGAAGGAUGGUUACUGGCUGGGGCGAGAUCAUCCUGGGAUCUACCUAGGCGAGAAACAGGCUCUCAAUGAGGACUACACACACUCCGGCUUUGACCGAGGUCACCUGAACCCCAAUGGACAUCAUGCAGUUCCUGGCCGCAAUGCCACUUUCACCCUCACCAACGUGGUUCCUCAGAACCCCAAACUGAACCAGAACGCAUGGAGAAUCCAUGAGUCUCAGCUGAAUGAUCUUUUCCGCCAAAAGUGUUCCAAAGCUUACGUUUUGGUGGGUGCAAUACCCUCUGCGGGCAAUUGGAUUGUCAAGAACAAUGUGAGGCGUGUCAACAUCCCAGACUACGUGUGGAACGCAUACUGCUGUGUGGACAACAACGACAGGCCCAUUCAGGGUGGCGCGGCUGCAGCCAGGAACACAGAAGACAACUGGGUGGAGAAAUUGUCUUUGGAUGAAUUUGGAGAGUUCUUGCAGCAGUUCUCAAAUCAACCAGUAGGAGAGCUUUUCCACAACAGCUGCAACAUUUGAUUUGGUGAUGGGAUUAUUGUGGGGAUUUUGCCAAAAGAUGUCAUGCAGAUUGUGAAGAAAUAUUUUUGUAAAACGGCAAAACAAAACGGUUUGUCUUUCCCUUUCACAGCAUGGCGGCCGUGCAUUGACUCAAUCCUAACAAAUGAAUAAAGACGAGCGUUCCAAGUUUGUUUUUUUCCAUGAGUCUUUUCCCACUGACCACAAAGACAUAAAAUCCUCUGCACUGUUGAUAUGUAAUGUAACUAUUUGCUAUAUAGUAAUAUAUUUUUCCAAUCACGGAAUAUCAUUGAUGGAAAUGGCCACAGAGAGUGCUAAGGAUGGGAAUUGAUCAUAUUUUUACGAUUCCAGUUCAAUUUUCGAUUGCGCUUAAUGAUUCUCAUCUUUAUCAUUUCUCAUAUCGAUAUUUUUGGGAUAAAGGGACACUAAACAAGAUUAGCAA